AUGAUGGGCGAGGACACUAACAUAUCAAAUAGUAACGUGAUUAGCCCUUGCGUAGAGAGUGCUCAUAUCCUGCAGGGAGAAGUCAUUUUCAAACAAGAGCAAGACACUGUGUGUACUGUUAUUCUGGAUUCUUCUUCAGAUAUGACGUUUAUACCGAUAUUGCCAGUCUCUGAGGAAGUCGUGAUGUACGACGGCAUGCAGGGUGAUGUUAAAGUCGAAGUAGACGUCUGCUCUGAAGGUUACCAGGAGAUUUAUUCCGAAAGUUAUUCUCAACAAAAUAUUCAAACAGAGAUUAACAAGACGAUACAGAAACCUACCCGAAAAGGUGUCUAUUCUUGUAAGAUGUGCCCUAAAACUUUUACACAGGUUGUUAACUUGGUUACUCAUGAACGUAUCCACACCGGUGAGAAACCAUUCAAGUGUAAUAUUUGUAUGAAACCUUUCUCACAACAACCCAAUUUGUGGAAACACAUGAGAACCCACACUGGAGAAAGACCUUAUCAGUGUAAUAUAUGUAAAAAGCGCUUCACUCAGCAAGCAAAUCUCACGAAACACAUUAGAAUUCACACCGGCGAACGUCCCUACCCUUGCCAGUACUGUGGGAAACGCUUCACACAGCAGGCAAACUUGACCAAACAUGUUCGACUCCACACUGGCGAGCGACCUUUCCACUGUCGAUUUUGUACAAAGACGUUUGUGCAACAAUCUAACCUGGAAAGACACGAAAGAACACAUACUGGUGUGAAACCAUUCCAAUGCAAGAUUUGUUUUGAAAGCUUUGGACAGAACGCACAUUUAGCUAAGCAUGUCAGAACAGUUCAUAAAUUCGCUGUGAAAUCCGUCUAUUUAAAAGCACCCACCACUAAAUGUGAAGAAGGCAUAACUACUACAAAUGAUGAGAGACAACACAAUCCUACUGUUACUGUGGUUGAUCAUACUGAAGGAACUACUUCAAAAAGAUUAGGGAUUCCAGUGUUAUAUUGUACAAAGACUGGAAAAAUAAUAAAAAGAAUUGAUUAAAUUUAGUGAAAUAAA